AUGGGUCUGCAAACAGAAAAGGAAAAAGAUAAGGAAAUUCAAAAAAACUAUUUUAAAAUAUGUAGUAAAAAAUUUGAAACAGAUGAAUUAGAAGUUUUAAAAAAGAUUUAUAAGGAGUUAGGUAGUCGAUCUGGAUCUAAUUAUAUAGAUAAGGAAACUUUUCUUCAAUUUUUUCCUUUGCCUGGAUUAUGGGGGGAGAGAUUAUUUUUAAAGUUUAAUUUUAAAAAUACUGGGUAUAUAGAUUUUGAGGAAUUUAUAAUAGGAAUUGCUAUAUGUUGUAGAGGAACAAAGAGUGACAAAAUAAAUGUACUUUUUGAUAUUUUUGACUUAAAUUCAGAUGGAUAUAUUCAAAAAUCAGAGAUGGUGGCUAUGCUUUCAAAUAUUCCUUAUAUUCAUAAAUUAAAAAAUGUGUUUUUUAAUAAAGAAAAUAGAAAAAAUAUAUAUGAUGAAGAAUACAGUGAUAUUGAUAAUAAUAAAUUAGCCCACAAUAAAAAUAGUGAGGAAAAUAAUAUAAUUAAUUGUGUUAAAUGUUCAAAUCAAAGAAAUCAGAUAUUAACUCAUAAUAAUUUAUUAAAUGAUAAUGAAUUAUCGAAAAACUUAGGAAAGGAAGAAAAAUACGAAUAUGAAAAUUUCAUCAAUGACACAAGUAUUGAACAGCAUGAAAAUAAUUUUUUAAGUAUUGAUAAAAAAUCAAAAAAAGAAAAAUCAAAAUAUUCUAAGAAAUAUUCUAUCUAUAAAAAUGAAAGUGAUGAUACUAACUCAUCGUCUAGUAGUGCUACUAGUGAUUUUGUUAAUGAUUCAGAUUAUUCAAAUAAAUGUAAAAAGAAUUCUAAAAAUGAAACAAGAAAAAAUUUAUCAAAAUGUUUAACAAAAUAUAAAAGUGCAAAUAUUACAUGUUUAUCAUCAACUACUGAUAGUUCAACUAGUAACGAUACUAGUUCUCAUUUGAAUAAUGGAGAUUGUAAUAGUUUUAGUUCAAAUAAGGAUCAGAGAGAUUUAUGUUCUAGUUAUUCCUCUGAUUCUUUUAUUAGUAUUUAUGGUUAUUUAAUUAAAAAUAAAAAGAAGAAAAGAGAAAAAAAAAAAUAUAGAGAAGAGAUAGAAGCAAAAAAAAGUAAAGAGGAAACAGAUGAAGAAAUAGAAGAAUGUGAAACAAAAGAAAUAGAAAAUGAAGAAAUGCAAAAAGAUCAUAAUGAGGAAAAAGAGAAAGAUGAAUAUGGAAAACAUAAAAAUGAUUUAAAGAAAUAUAAAGGAAAAAAAUAUAGUAAAAGGGAUAAUAUAAAUAUUUAUAAAAAAGAGAAAAAAAAAGAACAGAAGAAAAAGAAACAUUUUUUAAAUGAGUAUUGUUUACCAUCAAAAACAGCUAGAAACAUAUUAAAUGAUGAAGAAAAUAAUGAAUUAUCUGAUAAAAAUGUUGAUGUUGAUGAAAUUGUUGACAUUAUGUUAGAAGAAUGUGAAUUUUUAGAUAAUGAUAAGAUAACUCUUAUACAAUUUAAAAGUAUUAUUUAUAAGUAUGAUUUUUUCUUAUAUAUAUUUUUUAGUUGUUUACAUGAAGAUAUAUGGGGAUUGCAAGGGAAUGUAUUAUAUGGAAGAGAUUAUAUAAGCAAUUUUGUUAUAAAAUCAGAAAACUUUAAUAAUAAUGAAAUUGAAGAUAAUGGAGAAGUAAUAACAGAAGAGUUAUAUUUUAAAAUAAGGCAACUUUUUAUAGUUCAAGCCCCAGAUUAUGAUUGUGUGAAUGAUAACCUAUGUGUGAAUUUUUUAAACAAAAAAAAUUUAGAAAAAGAGGAUAUUGAAAAAAGAGAAACAUUGAUAUCGGAUUAUGAUAAGGAAAAAAGUGAAUUAAUGCAUAAAAAAAAAUCAAAAAAUGAAAAUUGCAACAAAUUAGUUAAUUUUAUUAAUAGUAAAAUAAAAAAUGAUGAAAAUAUAGGUGAAUCUGAGAAUACUAAAGAAAGCAAAGAUGUAAGUGAAAAAAAGGAGGUAAAUGAGACUAACUAUACUUUUUUUAAAAAAGAGAAUAAUAGCUUAAAAAACCAAACAACAUGCAUUAAAGAGAAAGAAAAUUUUGUAAAAAAUGAAAAAACAGAAAAUUAUAUUAAUGGAGCUAAUCAAACUGAUAAAAAGAAUGAUGAUACAAAUAUAAUUAAAAAAGAAAGUACAAAAAAUGAAAAUAAAAAAGAAGAUAACAUUGAAAAUGAUGUUACCAAUGAAAAAGAAAUAGACGAAAGAGAUUUAGAAAAAAAGAAUAUUAAAUACAUUAAAAAAAAACAUGCAGAGAGUGAAUUACUCAAUUCUGUAAAUAAUGAAUUAAUAAUAAAUCAAAAUAAUCAUGAUUUAAUAGAUUUAAAAAAUAAACCCAGUGAUAUUAGUGAAAAAAAUGAAUUAAAUAGUAACACAAAUUCUAAACAAAAUUAUCUGCAAUUCUUUAAUAAAAAUGAUAUUCAUCGAUUAUGUAAAGAAAUAGAUCUUUUAAAUGAUGAAAAAUAUAUUAUAAAAAAUGGAAAUUCUCAGAUGAAUGAACAUAUUUUACAUUUAGAAAAAGGAAGAGAAGAUAUCAUAAAUAUUAUUAUGAAUAAUGGUGAUAAUAAGAUUGCAAAGGAUAAUAUGGAAGAAAAAAAUUACAGUGUUAUUCAGAAUAAUAUAAAUAUAUUAGAAAAUAAAAAUAUAGACUAUAAUAAAACAAUAGAAAGUAACGUAAAUAAAAUAAAUAACACGAGUGAAAGUAAUAAUAAUAUUAAUAAUACUAAUAAUAUUGAGGAUAAUAAAAAUAAAACUAAUUAUGAAUGUGAUUUCAAUUUAUUAACAAACUCACUUAAUGAUAUAUUCUCCAAAGAAAUUGUAGAAUUUAUUCAAGCAUCAAAAAUUAGUUUCAAUAUAAAUGAUGUUUGCAAAGAGAGAAGUUUACAACAAAAAGUGAAGUAUAAGAAAACAAAAAGAAAUAUUGAAAAAGUAAAAUGUUAUCCUAUUACUUCUUUAAAUAGCCAGAAAAAAAAAAAAUAUCCUUCUGAUAAAAUUGCAGUAGAUACGAAUGUAAAAAAUGAAAAAAAAGAAAAAGAUGAAAUAGAAAAGGAAUGUGAAGAAUGUUCUAAAGAAGUGAUUAAAGAUAAUUUAAUACUUAAAAAUAAAAUUUACAAAACUCUUAACCAUAUUGAAUUGAAUGAUAUUUCAAAUAAUAAUCUCUUAAUAAAUGAUAAAAAGAACGAAGAAAAUAUAAAGGAUAUAAAUGAGGAAUAUUUAGAAAAGGAAAAUGUUCUUUUAGUUAAUGAAGCAAUAAAGAAAAAUUUAUCGGAAUGUAAAAUACAAAAUGUAAAGGAGAUAAAUGAAUCUGAACAAAUUGAGUUGCAUAAUAAAAAAAGUGACGCAGGUGACUCCACUUCUUUAAAUAAGAUAAAUGAAAAAAAGGAAGAAAUGAAUGAAGAAAAAGGAAGAGGAGAUAAUAGUUGUAAUUUUAAUGUGGAGAUUGAAAAUAGGAGUGUUUUAGAAAAAGAAGACCUUAAUAAAAAAGAAAAAGUGGAAGGAGAAGUAAAAGAAAAUAAUUUUUUACAUGAAGAAUGUAGUUGUGGAAUGUUAAGAAGUAAGGAAGAUAAUAUAAAAAAGGAGAUCAGUAGUAAUAAUACUAUAAAUAAAAUUGAUUCCUUUAAAAAAGAUGAAUGUUCAAGUGAUGAUAAUGAAAGUAGUUUUUUAAAAAAAAAAAAGAAAAAAAAGUAUGAGUUGACAAAAAAGCAUGUAAAAGAUAUUAAUUUAUAUUCUUGCCCCAAUUGUAAAGGUCCUUUUUUAAUGUGUCCUAACUGUCACAAUAGAUAUCCUAGAUUCUGUGUGAACGAUAAUAAGAUUGCAAUGGAAUGUGAAUAUUGUGAUUGUGAAAAUUGUUAUUUUUAUAAUUGUAUUUAUUGCAAUUUUGAUUUUCAAAAAUGUUUGGAUAUGAUUAAAAAGAAUUCUCUUAAAGAAGGUAUACUAUAUAAAAUUGGAAAGCAUCUUCAUCAAUUUAAAGCAAGAUAUUAUAUUUUAUUUGAUAAUUUAUUAUAUUAUUAUGAUAAAAAAAGAAACUUAAAACCAAGAGGAUUUAUGUUUUUAGAAGGAUGUUAUGUGGAAAAAAUAUCUAAAAAUGAGCAUAUAAAUAAGUAUGGUUUUUCUAUUUGUCAUAAGGGAACAAAGCAAGUUCAAAAGAGAAAUUUGUAUGUAAAUAGUUAUGAAGAAAGGGAAGAAUGGUUACAAGCAUUAUAUUCAUCAACAAAACAAAACACUUUAUAUAAUUUAUAUGAAUUACAUGAACAGCUAGGUCAGGGAAAAUUUUCUACUGUAUAUAGGGGAAUAAAUAAACAAACAAAUUCUGAAUUUGCAAUAAAAGUAAUUGAUAAAAGGUCAGUUUCUAUAUAUGAAAAAGAGUUAUUAAGAAGUGAAAUUUCUAUAUUAAGAUUACUUAGACAUCCAAAUGUAAUUUAUUUAAAAGAAAUUAUUAACACUAAGGAAACAUUGUACAUUUCAAUGGAAUUAGUAAAGGGAGGAGAGUUAUAUGAUUUUUUAUUAACAGAAACAAGAUUAAGUGAAAUUCAUGCGAAUAAAAUUAUCUCUCAGUUAAUUAAGACAGUUGCAUAUUUACAUAGGUGUGGUAUUAUACAUCGUGAUAUAAAGCCAGAAAAUAUUUUAUUAACAGAUAAAUCAAGGGAUGCUCAGAUAAAAUUAACAGAUUUUGGAUUAUCAACUCUGUGUGCUCCAAAUGAAUUAUUAAAAGAGCCAUGUGGAACAUUAGCUUAUGUUGCUCCUGAAGUUAUAACCUUACAAGGAUAUAAUCACAAAGUAGAUGCUUGGUCAAUAGGAAUAAUUUUAUAUUUACUUUUAAGUGGAAAAUUACCAUUUCCAAUUAAUAAAAAUACUGAAAUGAAUAUUCAGAAAAAUUACAUUUUAAAUUUUAAAGAUAAUAUAUGGAAGAAUAUAUCUUCGUCAGCUAAAGAUUUGAUUUCCAAAUUAUUGGAGUUAAAUGUAGAAAAGAGAAUUUCAGCUAAUGAAGCAUUAGAACACAUUUGGAUAAAAAAUCCAACUGCUGUUAUUAAUGAAAAUUCAGUUAUUUACAAAAAUGAAGAGAUAAAUAUUUUAAAUUUACAAGAUGUUAGUGUUAGUACUUUUAAUAUACCAAAAUAUACUCAAUACCAUAUUGAAGAAGAAAAAAAUAAUGAAGAAAAUGAGAAUAAAAAUGUUUUUAAUUUUUAUCCAAGUGAAAUUAUAUGUGAAGAUGAUGAUUCUAAUGAUGAUCCUGUUAUCCCUUUGCCAUAUAGCAGUGCACCUUUAAAAGAAAAUACUUUGGAGAAAAAAAAUUUGAUGAAUCAGUCAAAAUCAUCAUCUUUCAAUAAAGAAGAUAUUUUAGAUGAAGAUUUCAAAAAAAUAAAUCCAGAUCAAAAUAAUAAUAAUAAUAAUCAGAAUAAUAUUUCUACUAAUAUAUAUUGUAAUAAUAACGAAAAUGAACAAAAUUCAAAAGAUAUAUAA